ACAUCCGGGCCUUUAUUACAAUCCAAGAUGGCGCUCAGAAGUGUUGUAGUUUCGCAAAGAUCUAGUAGGUAGGAACAGAUAUUUGAAGAAAUUGAAAAUGGUUGAGCCAGACGAAAACUACGUGAAAUCCAUGCUUAGCAUGGGGUUUGCAGAUGCAGCUCUCAUACGCAGAGCUCUAGUUAUCGCUAAAAAUGAUCUGAAUAUGGCCGUGGGUCUGUUGACGGAUGACUCUGGAAACAUGGAAUUAUAUGAAGAUACAGAAAUGAGGGAUACUGAAACCCACCAUGGAUCUGAUGAGGGAGAGAUGGACAUUCCUAAUCUAGAUGAUGAUAAAGUAACGGACGAGGGUGAUGUCUUCGAAGAAUCCUCUGCCGAACCACCGCCAUCUUAUGACGAAGUCGUCAAUGCCAACGCAAGUGCAGGGGAAACAGAAACGAAAGAAAACUCGAAUUCUGCACCAAUGGAGUUUCCAACUACACAUUUAUAUGAGCUAGAAGGGAGAGUUUUUGGAGAAAGCUGGUCUAUUCCUUUCAAAAAAGAAGAAUCCCUUGGAAAAUGUCUCAUAAGUUCGACAAGGUUGGCACAAGAAGGAUUAGCCGAAGCUGAUGAAAAUUGCAAGCGCUUUAUGGAUAGAGCUUUACCAGAGUGCUUUAAGAAGCUGUUAACAUCACAAGCAGUACAUCAAUGGGGAUCACAUGUUCAAGAUGGAAUAUAUGACAUGCUUUGUCUAUUAGUUGACUUGAUAGCACAAAGGUUAAAGUACACUCCUCCACCUUAUGGCUUGUUACAAGUUUUAACUCAGGCAUUUGACCCAGAUAGUGAGUUUCAAUUCAAAAACAGAACAAGGCCAUGGGACAAAGUUUAUUUUGAAGACGUAUUUGGUAUAGACAAGUGCUAUGCUAUUAGCCCCCAAAACUCAUAUUAUUCUACUGAUAAGGAUCCAUAUGGAUGGCUAGUAAACAUCAUUAACAGAUUUGCUGAAAAAGGUGGUUUUGAGGAAAUACGCAAACUUAUAGAAUCAGAAGAGAGUGUCACAGCACCUAUGUUGGCAUCAUUAUUAAAACCUCUUGGUGUAUGUGCUUCCUACUUGAAUGUUCAAGUCAUUUCUGUUGUGUUCAGCAAUGUUUUUGAAAAAAACAUAGCAUAUAUACAAGAACUUAGUGAUGAAGAUAUGAAGCAAAAGGAAGUAGGAAAAGUGUUUGACUUGCUUACAACUCUUAAGUUAUUGGGAAUGAGACUUUGGCAUAAAGAAGUACCAGGAGUUGAUGAAUUAAGACUUGAAGUAGCACUAAAAAUGCUAAAAACACCUCACUUUAAUGCCAAAAUGAAUUCAUUGAAAGAGGUUUGUAAGCUUAUUGAUGAUUGUGAAAGGCAUAAAUCCAGUAAAGUGAGCAUUCCACAAGAAACACUAUUUGAUUGGUUGCUGGAAAACAAGGUUCUUUCUGUUGCCUUUGAAAGUAAUCUACACCAGUCUCAGUAUUGUGAUAGAUUGAAGGUUCUUGUUGAAUUCCUUGGCACUAGACUAUCAUUGGAUGAACUGACAAUUAUUUGGAAAAUGCAGUUUUGCAAGCACCCAACAGAAGUAGACAAUAUUCAUAACAUAUUAGCUACUGCUGCUGUUAGAUUUAACACCAAUCAGUUGGAUCAUUUGUUCAUACUUAUUCAACAGAGUUGGGGAACUGAAAGUGACAAAAUGAAGGAGAAGCUACUAGGACUCAUUGGACGCAUUGGCAAGGAAGCUCGAGUUGGGAAGAUAACAACAAAAGUGCUAGAUUUGUUGUGGAGUUUAGCUCACCUUCCUUCUCUGACAAUGGAUAUGGUUGAGCAGGCUCUAAAAUCUCACAUUGACAUACUGAGUGACUCAUUUACUGUCAAAGAACAGAUCAAAAAGAAUUAUGCUGUUAAAUGUAUCGAAGAUAUCAAGAAAGGAGUGUGGGUAGUACCUGCUAUUAGACAAUUGCUCAAGAUUACAAGGGGAAUGAUCAAACAACAGUACAAUAAGCAUGACAAGGGCAUUCUUCCAGAGCUCAACAAAACAUAUGAUUUGGUCAAGCUUACUACAAAUAGCUUAGUACACUGCCAUCAGUUGUCUGUAUCUACUGCAGUACCGUCAAGAGUAGAUGAAGAUACUCUCCUUGAUGGACGCUAUACGCACUAUGAUUCACUCUACAUUCAUCUUAAAUUUUUGGGGUUUGUGCUACAAGAGGCUGAUCUGUACCUGCCAUGGAGUAGAGCAAAAGACUUGUGGGAUGUAUUAGUAUCUAGCCCUGAUUGCUGCGAAUUUGAUAAAGAGACUGCCUUUGAAUGGUUUACUAAAGGACUCUGUGACUUAGAGCCUGACACCCAAUCACAGAUUUUCAAUAGUAAAGUUCUAAAACUUGAUCCAAGUAAACUUACAAUGAAAGGAUUUCUGUGCUUUAAAGCUUUCUCUGAGAGUGUUAACCUGAAUGAGCACCGUUUAAAGAAAACUUCGAACACUUACACAGUUGAGAAAAUGGAGUUAUUAGGGUUGGACUACUUGUGGCAAAUUGUACUUGAAGUGCCAUCUGAAGAAAUUGCAGUGUUGGCUAUAGAAUUGCUCCUUAAACUAAGCUACACUUGGCUAUCUCCAAAACUCAAAAAGGAUUCUUUGCAUAUUCACAAGAAAUUCAUUUUAGAAUGUUACAAGCGUCUUGAGUACAUCAUGUCUUUACUUGGUCAUCACACAAUGACUCAGGCAGCAUCUAGUGUUACCAUGGCAGCAACAGCACCUAUCACACAUGAUGUAGUCAUUUCUCCUUCUCUUCUUCGUACAAACCAGUUACUCAAUAUUGAAAGACUUCUCAUGAUUGCAGAACACUACAUAAUCACUGUGGAGGAUCUUAAUGCUGGUCCAAGAACUAUUCUUCCACAUGGUGCAUCAUUUCAUGGUUACCCAAUUACUGUUAAUAUCAAUUGUGAUGUUCCUAAACAAAAUAUGACAUUACAGUGUCAUAGUAAUGAAUCUCUGCGCUCUGUUCGCCAAAGAAUAUCCAGUAGGCUGAAUGUAAAUCCAGAGCAAGUACAAAUAUUCAACAAUGAAAAGUUGCUGAUGUUUUCUAAAGACUCAAAGCUUCUUUAUCAAUUGGAAUUUGAGGAAGAGCAGCUUAUUUUUGUAAAAACAUCAGGAGCUUCUGUUACCAUGGUUCCCACAAAGGAUGAGGUUGAGAUGCAAGAUAUCAAAAGUGACGUGGCUAGUGCUAGUGGAUGUAGCCGCCAGACUUAUGCCCUUGAACAAGAGCGCAUAAUGCCUGGUGUAAUUAUGGCCACAGAAUGCAGAGCUUUUAAUAAGCUAUAUCAGUUAGCUGAAAUAGAAGAACCCAGUAUUACCUCUCGUGUGCAAAGACUUAUAAUGUUGCUACCCACUGAUCCUGAUGUACAAGAAGCACUGGAUUCCAUUGGACAACAGUUCACGCUUAAUUGUUCACCUGGCAAUUCUUCCAUGGAUGACUCUAGCAGCUGUGUCAAUCCUACUACCACUACCAAUCUCAAGAAUAUGUUUAGAUGUACAGCAUCAGGAAUGUCACCGUUUAGAGUACUUUAUAACCUUGAGGUUCUCAGUAGUAAGUUAAUGCCUACUCACUGCAGGGAUGGUGGAGCAAGUGCAAAGGCUUUCAAAGAAAACUUCUUGGAAGCUUCAGGCCUUGACAUGGUGGUUAGUAUCCUUCAAAAGGACAUGUUUCCUCAUGAUGUGGAUACUGAAAUACGACGUGGUUGUUAUUCAAUAUGUUUACAGCUUGCAAGAUUUCUUCUUUGUGGACAGUCAACAGAAAGCUCUUUUAUAUUAUCAUCAUCUUGUCAUCAUGAGACGGCCACUGUGGCAUCCUCUCCACACUCCAUGGCCACCAUGGACCUUGAUGAUUCAUCUGUUGAGUCUAAAAGACCACGAUCCAGCAGCAUGAUUGAUGAUGUCCAUCCAACUGUUCGUGCAGCUAUUGAGACAAUGAACCGAGAUGAUUUUGCUGAAACAAUUGCAUGUUUGAUGCGAGUAGCCUGGGCAGCUGCAGCCGGGAGAAUUCACCUAGCAGGAGGUAGACAGCGGCUAUCAAGUCAAAGUUCUGAUGAUGAUGGUGGUGGUGGAAGUGACUCAGACUCCCUCAAGUCUUUUAAAUCUAGUAUUUCAUCUGGACCAUUGGAAGUUACUAAUAAAGAUGUUGUAAUUGUGGCAGAGGCAUUACAAUUACUUGUGUUGUGUUUACAACUGAGAACUUCAUUAAUGGGAGUUUUUUACUAUCUUCCUAAUGUAAAUGAUUUUAUCAUUGAAAUUGUUAUUGGUACCACACAUUCACAGGUUCGACAUACUGGGGUAGAGCAAUUCCUUAUCCUCAGCCAGACACCAGUUGGAGAUCCUAAGGUACAAACACCAAACCACUUCAUACUUAAUGUUCUAUUGAAUGCACCUCUUCCUCUGUGGACGCCAAACCUUUUUGUUAGAGGGAAAAACUACAGACUUCAAAGAAACUGCACUCAAUACUUUGAUUUGAUUUGUCGUUUGAUGGACUAUCUAACAGUGACAGAACAAAAGCAAAUGAAAAUCAACACUACAAAGAUGAUAGAAAAUGAAAUUCAGUGGCUACUCAACUUUGAAUCUGGUACUAAUUUGGAGAACGAGCCAUUCCUUCUAGCAGGUCAUCUAAAAUUAACAAAAACUUUGUUUACAUGUGAAGGCGUUGACAAACGAAAGUGGGGUCAAUCUCUUAUUCGCAAUCUACUGGAUGACUUCUUGUUCCCCGCUUCCAAGCUUAUUUUUGAUACGAGGAAAACUCCAACCAAGGAUACUAUGAUUGAUGUAUAUCCUAAGUGUGUAAGUCCAGAGUGUCGAGUAGCAGCCUAUGAACUUCUUGUCGAAAUGGCUGAAGGCUGCUGCGAAAACCUGUUUGACGUGGUGUCUCAGCUGAUAAGUAUGCAUCAUACAGGCGAUCCAGCGACCUUCAAAGAGUGGGAAUUUCAGCCACCAGUAUCACCAAGGGCUUCUUGUGGAUUUCUUGGUCUAAAGAAUGCUGGAGCCACAUGUUACAUGAACUCUGUCAUACAGCAGUUAUAUAUGCACCCAGGAAUAAGAGAGGCUGUGCUAAGUGUUGAUGACGAUCCAAUUGAAAAAGACAGCAUUUUGUAUCAAAUCCAAUCAGUCUUUGGUCAUUUGAUGGAUAGUCAACUGCAGUACUUUGCUCCUGAAUUGUUUUGGAAGAGUUUCAAGCUGUGGGGUCAGCCAGUUAACGUAAGGGAACAGCAGGAUGCUUUUGAGUUUUUCUGUAACCUGACUGAUCAACUAGAUGAGCAACUAAAGCGGAAAGGACAUGAGCAAGUUUUUAAGAAGACUUUCUGUGGAAUGUUCGCUGACCAGAAGAUUUGCAAGGAAUGUAACCACAGAUACGAACGCGAGGAAGCAUUCUAUUCACUGCCUGUGACAGUCAAGAAUCUUCGUCUAGAAGACUCAUUAGAACAGUUCGUGAAUGGAGAAAUACUAGAGGGUGACAAUGCGUACUUCUGUGAGAAGUGUAACGAAAGAAGAACGACCGUGAAGCGUAUGUGCAUCAAGUCCUUACCUCCCUUACUGGUGAUACAGCUCAAAAGGUUUGGUUACGACUGGGAAGCAGGCCGUGCUCUCAAAUUUGAUGAUCAUUUUGAGUUUCCUUGGUUAUUGAACAUGGAACCAUAUACUGUUGAAGGUGUAGCUCGCCGCGAACAAUCCAACUUCCAGAACGACACAUUUAGUGAAAAUGGCAGCGUGACUGACUUGUCCAAGUCUGUUUCUAGCCAAUCACUAAAUUCUGUGCAGUCCUGCAAUAGUGUUACGACUGUUCCCUCUGACAUAACAUACGAAUUGGUUGGAAUCAUUGUGCACAGUGGACAAGCUAAUGCUGGACAUUACUACUCGUUUAUUAAAGACAGAAGGACUGUUUAUGACACCUCCAAUGGCAAAGGCAAAUGGUAUAAAUACAAUGAUAUAACUGUUGAAGAAUUUGACAUGAACGACGAGACUCUGGAGGCAGAAUGUUUUGGAGGAACAUAUAAAGCUACUGUUUAUGAUACUGUGAAUUCGUACCCCGAAACACGUCAUAGAUAUUGGAGUGGUUACAUGUUGUUCUACGAGGCGAUCGAUACUAAUAAACUCCAGAACAACUUAUUGAAUUGUGGUCGAGGACCGCUGAUUCGACAAGAGGUUAUAAUCGAAGGAAGGUCUGGCCCUCCAUCUCCAUCGUCAUCAUCUAUCUCUUCAAGUUCUGGUCCGCCAUCACCCACACGUAGUGAUGGGUUAAGUCAACUGACGGCUCUUUUACAGAAGGGUGAACGUAAAGGAAUCUUUAAAGACAAAAUGCCUGCCAGUAUACAGAGAAUGGUCCAUGCUGAGAAUCUCCAAUUUAUGCAGAAUCGGGAUGUGUACAAUCACGACUAUUUUAAAUUCAUACUUAACCUGGCUUCUUGUAAUAGGACCAACAAGCAGUUGUUAUUCGCCGUAUGCAGUUUACAGUUAUCUAUUCAGUUUCUGUUCAACACGUACUUCAGAACGACCAGAAAGUUACGCAACGAAACCGAGGAAUGGUGUAGUGUCAUUGAACAUUUGUUGAGGGGUAAUAAUGAAGCAUGUACGUGGUUCGUCCAAUUUUUGUCUGGUGAAAGAGGCAAAGGCUACAUCAAACCAUUCCUCCUUGAAGCCCCAUCACAGGAAGUUCGAUCUUCUUUUUCGCGAAUUCUUGGCUUGGCUUUCGAGAACUACAUACAUCACAAUGGUGUUGUUGGAUCGGGACCAUUUUAUGCAUUGAUAGAAGCCCUUCUUGCAAUGUGUAACCGAGAGGUUAUCGAUCACCAUAAGACUUGUGCUGACUACUUUUGGCUACUUAACAGAUAUGCGAUUAUGAACAUUAAGACGUGUGAACACUUGAUAGCAAGAGGAGCAUUCAAACUUUUUCUCAGUUUUCUUGUUGGGUCGUCAUCUGAAUACAGUAGCAACCGCCGCUGGAGCUCGAUUCAGUCUCAAGAAUUCACUGGUCUUUAUGCUGCAAUAGCAACAUUAGUAUGUAGCUGUGACGUAUCUGCAAGAGUUACCCUGGAAACGGAUAAUGCUAGACCUAUUUUCCUGGAUGCUUUUAGGCAUGAGAGGCUUAUUGCUAUGCCGCAGGAAAUAGAUGAUGCUCUAUUUGGUGCUAAUGCUGAUCGCUACAUAAGAGAGGCAACAUCUGCUAUUUGUGAAGUUGCUGAUACUUGUCCGCACAUCACCAACAUGUUUAUACACUGUAGUUGGUGUAAUGAACAAUUUUCUUGUGAAGUCCUAAAACAUCUCAAGGGCCAACUUGGUAAUGUUCCUGCAAAUGACAUGAAGAAUGUGUUUACUACACUUGUUGGUCUCCUCGUGAUAGAGGAUCCGCUUCAACUAGUGCGCAUCAAAAGUGCCAUAGAUGAUAACGAUGGAGUACUCGCCAUUGUCAAGUCCAGCAAUCUUGGUGACAGUCGGCGGGCAUACCAGUGCAUUAAGUUUCUGGUACAGCUUGCUCACCGCUGUCCAACAGCGAAAGACUACUUACUACAGAAUUCAACUCGCUGGCAAUGGGCUGUUCAUUGGUUGAAAACCAAAAUGAAUGAACAUUAUUGGACACCACAGUCAACAACAUCAAAUGAAUACUCAACGAGUAGAACAUUCCAGCGCACCUCAAGCGCAGCUGAUACCCUGGCAGAAGCCACCGCGCUUCUUACUGAGCUAGAAGCUAAAGAUAUCGAUCCAAGUCAGGCUACAAAUUUGCUCGAUGAUUCGGUCGUUUUAAAUGGUUCUGAAGACUGGGAUAAAGAGCCAACAAAUUCUUAAGCUCUUUUUGCGUCAGGGGUUGAUGCAUGCGAUUCAGUCUGUAAUGAUAAAUGAUAUGAUAUAUUGAUAUAUCAAGAUUUAUAUGUAAAGAAUGCAAAAGGGGAAAUGUAUUUCAGGCAAUAUUUUAUAAAUUAUGUGGUUUCGAUACUCCCCUUAACAAAGAUUGUAUACACAUUUGACCUGUUACUGAUGAACUGUCACUAAACAGUCUGCAGAUAUUUGGAUUAGAAAAGGUAUUCUAUGCUGUUGCUGCACGUCAGUCACUAUUAAAGGUUUUUAUAUAAA